AUGCAAUUUGAUGAAAAUGGAAAAGCUGUUAAACAAUACAUUGAAGAAGGUGAAAAUGGUCCAAUUAAUUCAUACCGUCAUAAUCCAUAUUCUUAUUUCAAUGAAGAAUUAAAUGCUAUUGAAGAGGGACCGGAUGGAUUACCACGAUAUUCUAACCAGUUUGAUGGUCAAUAUGCAAAUAUUAGACCUGAAAUUUCAGCUAAGAAAUUCUUUAAAGUUGCUUUAUUCGAUCCAGUUUUCGCAAAUGUUAAAGAUGAACUUAAACACCAAUUCCAACCAAUUAUAGUAGCAAGAAUUGCAUCAGGUGCUUUAUCUCAAGCAUUCAAAGAUUUAAUUAAGAAACCAUUAUAUCAGCAACGUGGUUUAACUUAUGAUUUAGUUAAGGAAUCAGAUAAAAGAAAAUUUGAGAAAUCAGAUGAUUAUAAGAAUGCAAUUAAUGAAUAUAUUCGGUCUAUUAAUUUCGAUGAAACAGCUAAAAAUCAACUUCAUGAACAAAUACAGGGAAUAAUAGAUUCAAAAGUUCCAGCAAAAUAA